AGCAUCACAGACCAUCAGAGUUCCAGUUCCAGCUGGAAGUCAGGAAGACUCACGCACAACUUGUCUGUUCAGGUGCUGACGGGUACGGUUGGAGAAAUAUCUUCAGGUACCAUGGAGAUAGCUGCUCUGGGUCGACCUUUCACCCUAGGAAUGCUCUACGAUGCUCGGAAAGAUCAACUGAUCCCAGGUUUGACUUUGGAUGAUAAAACUCUAAAAGACAAUACAGUUGUAAGCUAUCAGCACGGCAGUGCAUUUGAAAUUUCUACAUCAGACUCCAUUGAAUCCAAGUCCUUUCUGCUGGAUGUUGAUGCUUCUCUGAAGGUCAGUUUCAUGAGUGGACUGAUUGAAGUUGGAGGAUCUGCCAAGUAUCUGAAUGAUAAGAAGAAAUCCAAGAAUCAGAGGAGAGUUACGUUUCAGUACAAAGCCACCACCAACUUCAAGCAGUUGUCAAUGAUCGACCAUUUAACCAUGAGUACCAAACAGACAGAUGUUAUUCAGAAGGGCUCUGCAACUCAUGUAGUCACAGGCAUCCUUUAUGGGGCAAACGCUUUCUUUGUGUUUGACAGUGAGAAGUUAGACGCCAGCAGUGUUCAGAACAUCAAGGGCAAAAUGGAAGCUGUGAUAAAGAAGAUUCCCUCAUUCAAUGUUGAGGGGAAAGUUGACAUCAAACUGAAUGAAGAAGAAAAAGCUUUGGCUGAUAAAUUCUCCUGCAAAUUCUACGGAGACUUCAUUCUUGAAAGCAACCCUACAACAUUUGUAGAUGCAGUGAAGACCUACGUACAACUUCCAAAGCUGCUGGGAGAAAGUGGAGAGAACAGUGUUCCACUGAAGGUCUGGCUGAUGCCACUGAAGAAUUUAGUUCGCAAAGCUGCUGAGCUGGUGAGUGGGAUCAGUGUUGGACUAGUGAGAAAGGCUCAAAAUGCUCUGGAGGACCUACAUCAUCUGGAAAAAUUAUGCAACGAUUUGCUGGAAGACAAAGUGGUUCAAGAUUUUCCACCAAUCAAAGAAAAGUUGAGAAGUUUCCAGAAACUGUGUCAUUACUAUGCAGCUAACCUCAGACAGACAAUGGAGAAAAAAGUUCCUUCCAUCCGCGAUGGUAAAGAAGGCGAGAGCGAAUUAGAAAAAGUCUUUGAAGACAGAAACAAGUCACCGUUCAGCCAUGAGAAACUAAGCAAGUGGAUGGAAGAUAAAAAGAGAGAAAUCAACAUCAUCAGGUCCUGUGUAGAGAUGAUGGAGGGAACAAAGAUCGUCCACAGUCAGUCAGAGUUGGACAGAGAGGUUCUUGGUGUAGAGGAGGCUCUGUGCUUUGUUUUCACUUCCCUGGAAAGUGCUGACCCCUGCCUUGAUGAAAUGGCCAAAUACUUUGAGUCAGUUAAGUUAGAAUCUUCCAAUGAAGAGCCGUGGUACUACUCAGAUGAAGUUUUAAUCAAAAUGAGAGAAAAGGCCAAAGCUUUCCAGGAUCUUACCAAAACACUGAAGAACAACAGCCAAUUCUGUUUCCUCAUAGCAGCCACUGACAAUAAGAAAAACACAGGAGCAACCAUCUACCAUUACAGGAAGGGCAUUCUGGUGACUAAUGCAUUUUUCACCCUCCCUCCUGUGGAGACAAUUGCCAACAAAAGAGAUUUGAUCUGGUAUUCCUGUGAUCUCACUCUGGACCCAGACACUGCGCACAACCACCUCACUCUGUCUAAGGGGAACAAGAAGGCAACAUGUGGAGCAAGGCAGUCGUAUCCUGACCUCCCGCAGAGAUUUGAUUAUUACGCUCAGGUUUUGUGCAGAGAGGGGCUGACUGGGCGCUCCUACUGGGAGGUGGAGUGGAGUACUGGCUCAGUUGAAGGGGUUGCUGUUGGUGUUACCUACAAAGGCCUGUUUAGGAAAGGAAACUUUAGCCAGUGUGGACUUGGACGCAAUAUUAUGUCCUGGAGUUUAGACCACACAGGGUCCCCACCAGGUGAUACUCUCUGUGCAUGGCAUAAUAGUCAGUCCCAAAAUAUUUCUGUUCCUGCUACUGGCAGCACUCGACUGGGAGUGUAUCUGGACUGGCCUGCUGGCAGUCUGUCCUUCUAUAAUGUCUCAGGUGACACACUGAGUCACCUCCACACCUUCCGCAACAAAUUCUCUGAGCCAGUUUAUCCAGGCUUUGGGACUUUCUAUGAACACAACUACGUACUCCUGUGUCUGUAAUCUGCACCACAUGAUUCACUUCAAGUUCAGUUCAGUUUGAUCACAAAAUGAUUGUUUCAUACGUUGUUAUUGUGAAGCACCAUUAUGAUAGUCACAUAACAAUUUAAUAUAAAGCUUCCUACUAAAUAUAGCCCUCCCACUCAUCCAUAUUAUAAUUAUUGUCAUUUUUAUUUAUUGUUCAAUCACAAAUCAUUUUGUGGAUUCGUAGUCAGACUGUGUACUUUGUUCUCACCUUUUUUCCCUCACCAGUUCUGUCUUCAGUGUAGCAGUACCAUCAGUGGACAUAAAUACCUGUGUUGAACAGUUUAAUUGUUUUUCUGUUCAUUUUAAGCUACUUUUAUAUUAUUAGUGCAUUUCAGCUCUCAUUGUGCUGCACAUAGAUUUAUUUUAAAUAGCUUGUUCUAAAGGUAAGUAAGUAAGUGGUUCAAGACAGCUCAUUAAUGUUGAAGGAUGCUUGAUCUUUCUUUCAAAAGUUAAUAUGCAACAGAAACACAAAGAAGCACAAAGCCACAUUUCUUCCAAGCAUUUUUAUGUGAAUUAUAUAAUUAGAAAAGCUGCAUGGAAGCUACAGAAUUCAACAAAACUAUUACAAUGUCCCUAAAAAGAUUUUACACUUUGUUAAUAAAGGAUGCUGAUGUGUGGGCUCUACUUCUUUUUCUCUGCUGCUACUUCUUGUAGUUUGAGUAAGCAGGAAGAGGCGGAGUUCUGCGACCUUUUUACCGUCCUGGAAAGAUUUUUUUCAUGCAGUACUUCAGGACACACCUCUGUUUUCCUUAAUAUUUUAUUUUUAAGUGCAUUUUCUCUUCUCUCCAGCAGUGUGUACUUUCCUGUAUAUUAACAUAAAAUAUGAUAUACCACUGCAAUUAUGUCUGCAGACAGUUAUAUACAGUAUUUACUCAACUUAUUAUUAAAAAUAAAUUGACAGAUCAUUA